AUGGCCGCCCGCGGUCACUCUGCAACCUCACUCCAGCGAUAUGCCACCGCGAAGCAGCCCGAUAUCGAUUUGUUCAACGGAAGUACAUCAAGGGAUUACUGCAAUUCCUUCUGGGGCCUUAGUGAUGCUGGGCCAAACAUCAUGUUUGCCCGAAUGCGGGGCGCUUCGAAAACCACGGAUGAGCUCAGAAAUUUUUGGAAUGAGAGAAGCAUCAUUGAGGAGGAGUAUGCUAACCGGCUAGCGAAACUGGCGAAAGCGCCCAUUGGAGGCGACGAAAUUGGAGAGCUUCGUAAUUCACUCGAUACUCUACGGAUCGAAACAGAGAAACUGGCAGAGAGUCAUCUUGAGCUAGCCCAACAAAUGCGUCUUGAUCUCGAAGGUCCCACUGCCCAAUUUCAUCAAAAGCAAGUUAAUCAUCGACGAACGAUUCAAGCGCCUCUGGAGCGCAAAUUCAAGGAAAAACAAGUUCAGGAAUCGUAUGUCAAGAAAUCCAGGGAGAAGUACGAAGCCGACUGUCUGCGUAUAAACUCAUAUGCACAACAGGCGACAUACAUGCAGGGCUCAGAUCUGCAAAAAGUGCAGCAAAAGCUUAUUCGAACAAAACAGACUAUGCAAGGAAACGAGCGGGAUUUUGCCAAAUUCACGAAGGAACUGUCGGAAAUGCUUCGAACCUGGGAGAAGGAAUGGAAAGAUUUCUGUGAUUCCUGUCAGGACUUGGAGGAAGAACGUAUCGAUUUCAUGAAGGACAUAAUUUGGGCCUAUGCAAACGACAUUUCCAUAGUCUGCGUUUCUGAUGAUCAGUCCUGCGAACGAAUUCGCACUGCGCUUGAUCAACUUGAACCAGAAAAGGAUGUAGAGAAUUUUGUGAACGAAUACGGCACUGGCAAUUCUAUCGCAACACCCGCAGAAUUUACACCCAGCAAUGGACAUCUUGACCCACAACUCCCUGACUCACCCGUCAUACGAGCAGUCGAUUAUCAACGGGUCACUCGGCGAGCGGCUCCUGCAUACCAUUCCGAUGCUGCCGCCCUCACCAACAAUCACCCAACCUCGACAUCAACAGACGCUAGCAGCACCCAUCGUUCGACGAAUGAUAUAAAUGGUAGAACAGAUUCUCCAUAUGACGAUACCCUCUCGUAUACUAGUCAAAAGGCCUCCCCUCCGAUAACGAGCCCUCCCAACCAACCUAUACCGCCGGUUCCAGAAGCAGCCUCAGCUGUGGCUGCAUCAUCCUCGUCAUCAUCGCGUCCCACUCCUGCUACUACUACAACUCCUUCACCAGCUGUUGCUCCAAAAUCCAAUCAUCGAGACUCGUUGCCUAUGCUCCCUCAAAACAGUACAUCUCGAGCACCGGCACGGUCACAGACUCCGCCUCCGCCUCUGCCUCAACAGGGCAACCGAAUUUUGUUUUACGUGAAAGCGCUUUACGAUUACACCGCCACAAUCCAUGAAGAAUUCGACUUCCAGGCCGGCGAUGUAAUUGCAGUGACGGCAACACCUGAUGAUGGAUGGUGGAGCGGUGAGCUGCUUGAUGAAGCUAGAAGAGUGGAGGGCAGAAACGUCUUCCCAAGCAAUUUUGUUUGUUUGUUCUAG